AUGUCAUCCCCGAAUCAAUUAUUAUCCGACAGGUUUCUGUCUGCUCUCGCUGUGGAGAAAAGGGAGGACUAUGAAACUACCCACCAGUUACUUUCAACAACGCCUCCGAAAGUAUUGGCACGGAAUGGAUUGGCAAUUCUCAAUCUUGUGAUUGAAAACAUCAGGAAGAGCAUAGGGGGAAAACUCAUACUGGAGUUAGCACUAGACGGUGCAAUAUCUGGCCCAACAGGAGACAUUGUUAGAAUUGAUACGAACCCAAGUGGGAACCAGGCUUCCAUCGUGAAAAAGCUACAGAAUUCAUCGAAGAACGAGGACACCGAAAACCUUGAAACGGAGCAAAAACCACUGGAAGGCGUGAUAACUUCAUCAUCAAAUGCGAAGAUAUGUGUUGCACUGACCAAUGCAGGACAAGAUGCUGCUGGAAAGGAUGACUCGAACGCUGAUCGUGCGUGGGAGUUGCAAUCCUCUGGUAAACGUGUUUGGAUAGUCAAAGUCAGUAACGAAUCAACAUACAGAAGAAUGGAAUCCACCCUUAGAAAGCUAUCCGAAUUUUCAUUGGAAUCUAUUUCUUCAACUCAGGAAUAUGCCCCUCCAAUUGUUCAAUAUUUAUUGGGUACCAAAGAGUAUUUUCUCCCAUCCUCCACCGAGCUCUCAAAUAUCGACAAAGUUGUAACCUUCAAAAACAAAAACCUCAAUGACUCACAGCAAAAUGCAAUAAAAUUUGGCCUUGUGUCACCGUUGACUAUAGUUCAUGGUCCUCCCGGGACGGGAAAAACUUCUACCUUGGUCGAGUACAUAAUACAACACCUUGAGCUGUUCCCUGACAAGAGAAUAUUGAUUACUGCACCAUCAAAUAUUGCCGCUGAUACGAUAAUUGAAAGAUUGUCAAACUAUUUUCAGAAUGAUGAUAGCAAAUUGGUGAGAAUAGGUCAUCCUGCACGUAUAUUAGCAUCGACAAGAAAACAUUCACUUGAUUUCCUUGCCUCACAGGUAGGUGGAGAAGAAUUAGAUGAUCUAACAAAUGAUUUAUCUAAACUCGAGAAAGAAGUACGGAAACCAAGGACAAGUAAACAUUAUGUUGAUAGGAAAGAGUUGUGGAGAGAAAUCAAGGAUCUCAAUAAAGAGUUUAGGUUCAGAAGCAAAAAAUGUGUUCGUGACGUUCUUAUUGGGGCCAAAGUGGUUGUGGCCACUCUACAUGGUUCUGGCUCGUGGGAAAUUGUUGGAAAUCUAUAUAACUUUGACAAGACAACAACCAACCUCAAAGGGUUUGGCAAAGGAUUCUUUCAUACUGUCAUAAUCGAUGAAGUAUCUCAAGCUUUGGAGCCUGCAUGCUGGAUACCUAUUAUUAACCAUUGUCCGGACAAGUUGGUUCUUGCAGGUGACAAUAAGCAGCUUCCUCCUACUAUCCACGUUAGGAAAGAUGACACCACCAACAAACGUGCUUUUGAUACUCUUUCUCAAUCUUUGUUUGACCGUGUUGUUCGAACUUACGGAGGAAUUGAACAAGAAAUUCCAUUCAUCAAGUUCUUAGAUAUACAGUACCGCAUGUGUGAGAAAUGUAUGGAGUUCCCUAGCAAUGAAUGGUAUAAGGGAAAAUUGAGGGCUGCCGACUCAGUAAAGGAUUGCAGAGUCAUUGACUUGAUAAAAAAGCAUAGACUUGACGACCUAGUGGAGCAAGUAAUAUGGUUUGAUACGCAAGGUGGAUCCUGCCCGGAGUCUGUCGAAGAAUCUUCCGAUAUCUCAGGAAAACUAUUGGGUGUUGGAGGUUCCAAGUAUAAUAUUGGAGAAUGCUACGCUGUCCAACGACAUAUUGCUGCGUUGAUUAGUUUGGGCGUCAAAGAAGAGGAAAUUGGUGUCAUUGCUCCGUAUAGUGCUCAGGUUGCGAGAUUGAGAUCGCUUAUAUCUGUGUUUCCUGGGAUCGAAAUUAGCACUGUUGAUGGUUUCCAAGGGAGAGAAAAGGAAAUUAUUAUUUUAUCCCUUGUUCGAUCGAAUUUCGGGGACUUUGGUGACUCGAAGAAUAGCAAUUGGGAGUCUGCCGAUGUUGGAUUUUUGUCUGACUUUAGAAGGUUGAAUGUUUCUAUCACACGUUGCAAGAAACAGCUUGCAAUAGUUGGUGAUAUGGAAACGUUAGAGCAGAGUGGAAUCAAAAUGCUCAAAGACUGGACAGAAUGGUGUUCUGAAAAAGCCGACAUCAGAUAUCUGGAUAUCUAA